CUUUUGCGUCCCCGAGAGCUAGGUAGCAAUGGUGGGUAUUUGCCCAGCCUAUGAACUCCUCUCUUCAUCCUCGUCCUCAAAGCAUUGGACUUACGACGUGUUCUUGAGUUUCAGAGGCGAAGACACACGCAAAAACUUCACGGGUCACCUCCAUAUGGCACUAAAAGACGCCGGAACCAAUGUCUUUAUUGACGAUGAUGAGCUUAGAAGAGGGGAAGAUAUAUCAGCGGAGCUGGUGCGGGCAAUCGAAAUGUCCAGGAUCUCUGUCAUCGUAUUCUCGAGGAGCUAUGCCACUUCCAGUUGGUGUCUUGAGGAGCUUGUGAAGAUCAUGGAGUGUAAAAGAACACUAAGGCAAAUGGUUUUUCCAAUAUUCUAUGAUGCUGAUCCUUCAGAUGUGAGGAAACAGACUGGUAGUUUUGGAGAAGCAUUUGUGAAACACUCUGACCGCUUCCUGUUAGAUAUGGAUAAGGUACUGAGGUGGAGAUCUGCUCUUACUGAAGCUGCAACUUUGUCUGGCUGGGAUCUCAGAAACACUGCUGAUGGGCAUGAGGCAAAGUUUAUCAAGAAAAUUAUUGAUGAGAUUACUAGGCACCUGAACAGCACAUACUUAUUUGAAGCGGUCUACCCAGUUGGAAUUGAUUUUCGCGUAGAAAACAUGAGCAGUCAUCUAUAUGUAGGAUCAGAUGAUGUUUGCAUAGUCGGAAUUUGGGGGAUGGGUGGAGUGGGUAAAACAACCGUUGCCAAAGCCAUCUAUAACCGAUUUUAUCAUAUCUUUGAAGCUAAAAGUUUCCUUUCAAACGUUAGGGAAGCUGCAAAGCAAUAUAAUGGUUUGGUUUGCUUGCAAGAACAACUUCUGUCUGAUGUCUUGAAACCAACCAAGAUAAAGGUAGAUAGUGUUGACAGAGGGAUCAAUGUGAUCAAAGAAAGACUUCGAGGUAAAAGGGCACUUGUCAUAAUUGAUGAUACAGAUCGAGUGGACCAACUAAAUGCAUUAGCUGCAAAUCGUAAUUGGUUUGGGCCAGGAAGUCGAAUCAUUAUAACCACAAGAGAUGAACAUUUGCUGAAGCAACUUGAAGUUGAUGCAAUAUAUUUGGCUCCAGAAAUGAAUGAAACAGAAGCUCUAGAGCUUCUCAGUUGGCAUGCCUUUAAAAAUAGUUACCCUAAAGAAGGAUAUUAUGAACUCUCGAAAAGUGUAGUUGCUUACUGUGGAGGUUUACCUCUAGCACUACAAGUUCUAGGUUCUUUUCUUGUUGGAAGAAGCGUACCAGAGUGGAAAAGUGUGUUGGAGAAGUUGAAAAGAAGUCCUCAUCACGAAAUUCAUGAAAAGCUUAGAAUAAGCUUUGAUGGGCUAAAUGAUGAUAAUGAGAGGGAUAUAUUCCUUGAUAUAUCUUGCUUCUUUAUUGGUAUGGACAAGAACAAUGUCAACCAAAUAUUGGAUGGUUGUGACUUUUCUGCAGAAAUAGGAAUGAGUGUGCUCCUGCAAAGGUGCCUUGUAACUGUUAGCGAAACAAACAAGCUGAUGAUGCAUGAUUUGAUUCGAGAUAUGGGAAGAGAAAUUGUCCGUGAAAAAUUCCCGAAGGAGCAUGGAAAACGUACAAGAUUGUGGCAUUAUAAGGAUGUAGCUGAUGUAUUGACAAAACACUCUGGAACUGAAGAAGUAGAAGGGCUCGUGCUAAAGUUGCCAAGAUGUAACAAGGUUAGUUUCAGUGCAAAAGCAUUUACAAAGAUGCAGAGACUGAGAUUGCUCCAACUCAACUACGUACAGCUCAAUGGAGUCCAUCAAUGUUUUCCCAAAGAGUUAAGAUGGCUCUGUUGGCAUGGGUUCCCUCUAAGGUUCAUACCGAAAGACUUUAGUCUACAAAACCUAGUUGCUCUUGACCUGACGUAUAGCAACCUCUGCCAGGUUUGGAAGGAUCCUCCGUUGCUUGAGAAGUUGAAGUUUCUUGAUCUAAGUAACUCCCAUCACCUAACACUGUCACCAGACUUUUCAAAACUCCCGAAUCUCGAACAAUUGAUGCUCAAAGGCUGUGUGAGUUUGCCUGAGGUUCACGAAUCCAUUGGACAUCUUGGAAGACUUUCUGUUGUAGAUUUGGAAGACUGCAAUCUGCUCAAGGAUCUCCCAAGGAGUUUAUACAAGUCAAAAUCUAUUGAAGUUCUUGUUCUUUCUGGCUGUUCAAGAUUUGAAAACUUGGCUGAAGACUUGGGGGAGAUGGUAUCCUUGACAACUCUUCUUGCAGACAGAACAGCCAUACGGAAAGUACCAUUUACUAUAGUAAGACUGAAGAACCUUAGAAACUUAUCUCUAUGUGACCGGAAAUGGUCUCCGUCCACAAGAUUCGGUCUUAAAAGGUCAUGGGCCUUGCCACGAAAUAUUCCUAAAUCGCCUGAUUUAUUGCUUCCUUCAUUCCGGGGCUUGAACUGUCUAGAAAAGUUGAGUCUUGCAAACUGCAAUUUAACUGAUGGUGCAAUUCCUAAUGGCAUUUGGGGUCUACCUCAUAUAGACCAUUUAGAUAUAAGUGGAAAUCAUUUUCAUACCUUACCAAACGUCAGUGGCCUUUCCAAGCUGAACUUUCUAUCCUUGGAUCAUUGCACAAACCUUCGAGCCAUCACAGAUUUACCAAAGAAUUUGUGCAAACUGUCGGCAAAUUACUGCACUGCACUGGAAAGAUUGCCAAAUUUUUCAGAAAUGACAAGUAACUACAUCACGUGUAUUACAUCUGAUGGACUACCUAAUCACAUUUUAGGCAUGGGUAAUCUUAAUGAGGAACUAGUGUGGAUUUACAUGCAAGGGUGCAAAUCAAUCACUGUUUAUCUUAAGAAGUUUUUGCUAGAGGGAUGGAGACCGGUUCCUGGAUUUGGUCAUACUCUCAAUGCAAAGGAUAUUCCAAACUGGUUCCCCUACAUCGGGGGUUACUCUCUCACUUUUGAGGUGCCUCAAGCUAUUCAUACUUUAUAUGAGUUCGUUGUUUGUGUCGCUCAACGUACUCUUCGUGAGCCGGAAUCUAUAAACACACAUUCAAUUGUAAUGCUUAAUUUAAGUAAGGGCACUACUCACGGCUGGGUAUUUUCAAUGCAAAACCGCAAGUUGGGAGAUCACCUUUGGAUUGCAGUUGCAGAGCCAGUUGAGACGGGUUUCGAGGCCGGCGACAAAGUUUUGGUUGUUGUAUAUGCUACACCAGAGAUCUAUGUGAAGGAAAUCGCGCUCAGUCUAUUAUGGUACAAAUUUAUUAAUGGCAAAAAGAUUCGAUAUCUCUCAGUCUCAACGGAUAAUGGUGUACGGUUCGAAUCAUCCGAGGGCAUUGAAGAAUUUUCAAUUGGAGAUCAACUCCCCUGCUAUGAGGCAGGGCCAAGCGAUUAGUGUUUCUUGAGCAGCAAGCCAUUGCUAGCCUAAUCAUGAUGGUGAUGAUGAGCAUUAUGUUUACUUUAUUUAGAAGAUUGUCACGCAGACUCAAUUUUUGUUAUGCUUACUUUAUUUAGAAGAUUAUCA